GUCAGGUGUUCCACCCGGAAGAUUAAAACAGUUUAUGGGCGCGACGCUGAAGCAGCUGGAGUUACGUGUGGGUGUUAGUUCACGGAGAAAUGUUGUGUAUUAGACACUUUAAAGUAUUUCGUGAAAAAUAAACGGACACAGAGUUCAACUGGAAGUUGCGUAGGAUUUCACAGUGAACAUUUCACAACAAACUGCCUUUUGACUUGUGGAUGAUCCACACACAACCACUUCAUAGGGAAGGAACAGCGCGGAAAGAUGGAGCAGGAACCUCGGCCAACACGGUUUGACUUCCAUGGAGUCUCAAUGACUAAAUAUUUCACUGACAACUGGGAAAACGUACAGAACUUCCAAGCCAGACCAGAGGACAUAGUCAUAGCUACUUACCCUAAAGCAGGUACCACCUGGAUGUCUUACAUUCUGGAUCUCCUUCAUUUUGGGCAGAUAUGUCCGGAGCGUCAGGAGUCCAUUCCUAUUCACCAGAGAGUGCCAUUUCUUGAGAUCAGCAUGCCUGAGCAACAAACCACAGGUAAAGACUUGGCAGACAAGCUUCCCACCACUCCUCGUCUCAUUAAAUCUCACCUCCCUGUCCAGUUUAUGCCCAAGUCCUUCUGGGAACAGAACAGCAGGAUUGUCUAUAUGGCUCGCAAUGCGAAGGACUCUGCUGUGUCAUAUUUCCACUUUGGCCGGAUGAACAGGAUCGUGCCAGAGCCUGGGGACUGGAACACUUAUCUGCAGGAUUUCAUGGAUGGAAAGGUGACGUUUGGGUCUUGGUUUGACCAUGUGAACGGCUGGUGGGAGAAGAAACAGACUCAUCCAAAGAUUCUCUACCUGUUCUAUGAAGAUCUCAUUGAGGACUCCAGCCGAGAGAUAGACCGACUCUGUUCCUUCCUUGGUUUGUCUUGCUCAGUGGAGGAGAAACAAAGUGUCCUAACUCAAAUAAAGUUUGACAAUAUGAAACAAAACAAAAUGACCAACUAUUCCACUGUCACAGUCAUGGACCACAAGGUGUCUCCUUUCAUGCGAAAAGGAAAAGUUGGUGACUGGAGAAACCAUUUCACUGUGGCCCAGGAUGAACAAUUCAAUGAGGUAUACAAGCAGAGAAUGAAGAAUUCCACGCUGCAGUUUCGAACUGAAGUUUAAAGACCUGGUCUUGCCUGGGUGUGCAAGAGGAAAAGUCCUUGACUGUGAUUGAUUAAUCAUGAUGUUGAUAUUUCAAAGUCAGAUACUGAUAUUUUCUGACAGAGAUGGGCUGAAAGUGACUGAAGACAUUUGGUAUGUUAGUUGUUUUUUUUAAUUUGAUCAUAAAUGAUGACACAAAGUGACCAAAAAGGAGCAAAAAACACAAUAAAGAAAUCAGCUAUGACAAUAGGUAAAAAAAAUAGUGAAUAAAAAAAAGUUACUAUUAACUUUAACGAAAAUUAACUUAACGAAAAUGCAUCCAAGUUAAGGAGCGACAUAUUCAGGUGCAUCUAAUAAAAAAAGAACAGGUCACAGUGCGUGCAGGCUGAAGGCAUCACCUCUAGUUCUCUAGGCAUAGUAAAUGGUGUGCUCCAGGGCUCUGUCUUGGGACCAUUGUUGUUCACACUUUAUAUUAACAAUAAUUGUUGAACCUGCUGCAGGAGAGCCUGGGUCUGAGGGAGCUUGUCUCUUUAAAUGUUUUUAAAUGCAGACUGAAGGCUUUUGAGGAGGAUGCAUCAGUUUGUAGAUGCUUUGACUGAUGAUUUCUGUUCUGAAAUUCAUGAUAUGUUGUCAUUUUUUAGAAUCUGUGUUGUUUGUCUGUAACUUUGUUGGAACUUGCUGCUGCCAAUCUUGGCCAGGACACACUUGUAAAAGAGAUU